GGCAGGUUGGGCAUGCUCUUCUCACGCCAACCUAAUGCGCACCCCAGCAAAACAACCGGACACCAGUAGUCGGAGUCGGAAUUUUGGCAGACGGAAACCAAUACCACCGGUAGGGGUUGACAAUACAGUAGCAGAACCUUAGCUCUACCAAACUAUCCUCGCCGCCUCAGAUGAGAUGCUGAGAAAAUAAUGCUGGGCCGAGCCAAUCUGUGGCCGCUACGGCGUACGUACUACUACAAAACGUCUCGAUCGAGCGCGCGCGGCUGAGCAGACGACAAGCAACGGCGACGCCGGUCCCCUCCUCGGUUGCUCAGUGCAAUCACGAGACGGGCGCUCAGAGCUCCGUGCUCCGCUGCUCCCACCGCGCUGCCCUGCGCUUCUCCUGAUUUUAGUAAGUUUCCUCCGCGCCACCGGUCACGUUAUAUCUGCGCUACAUCCCGCUGCCCCAGCGCCUCCCCUUCCCUGCUCUGCCCGCCUCGCUAGGAACCCAAGAAACAUCCAGCAAUGAGGGACAUGAGCGGCGACGCCGGCGGCAUGGGAGCGAUGCCGAUGCCGCCACCGCCGGCCGACCACGCCGCCACGAAGGCGGCGGCGCCGCACACAAUGAUGGGGAUGAUGCACAUGACCUUCUUCUGGGGCGACCGCGCGGUGGUCCUCUUCCCGGGCUGGCCGGGGGAGCGCGGCGCCGGGAUGUACCUCCUCUGCCUCCUCUUCGUGCUCGCCCUCGCCGCGCUCACAGAGGCCCUCGCCCUGCUCUCGCGCCGCCUCGCCCGCCGCGGCGAGGACGGCGCCCCGGCCACGGCGGCAUCUGCGGCGCUGCUGACGGCGGUGCACGCCGCCAGGAUGGGGAUGGCCUACCUGGUGAUGCUGGCCGUCAUGUCGUUCAACGUCGGCGUCCUCCUCGCGGCAGUCGCCGGCCACGCCGUCGGGUUCCUCUUCGCGCGGAGCAGAGUGCGCACAGGCGCGGCGCGCGGGAAUGUCACAUCCCCUGAGCUCUGUGGCGUCCCGCCGUCGCACCCGUCCAAGCCUUAGUCAGAUUCCGGUGAAAGUUGCUUCUGUGAUCUUCUUGUACUAGCCCGGCCCUAUCACUAUGUCGGAUCCAAUGUGUACUGGUACCCCUAAAUCCUACAUUCCUACUCCUACUCCACAAGUCCAGAUACUUGCUGAAACAUGUGUUUGCAUCUGUCUUAUACAGCGACUAACCAGCAACCACUAGUGAUUUCGUUUUA